GAGUCGGCGGCGGCUGUGAAAGAAGAGCAUCCCUCCACGCUGCCCCUAACGCCGCCUGCAAUCUCCACCGCUGCCUCUGCCUCAGCCUCCUGACGCCCAGAACAGUUCUCCAAAUCAUGCAGCGCGCGCCGUAAAACCUGGCCCUCGCCCGCACGAGCUGCGUCCUGCUCCUCCGCAUCCUUCCCGCCCUGUCUCUCUCUGCGCCUCCACACAGCACCGAUUGCGGCCCUGUACCACGACGCGCCCUUCUGCGCCCGGGCCUUGCGCUCCCCACGAUGACGAGCAAUGGACUGCGCACGCAGUACCCCUAUGGCCAGGACGCCCUGAGCCCCCGUCCGCUCUACGACUUUCCCUCCCCCACCUCGAACUAUCCGUCCGGUGUAGGCGGCGCGUCGCCUGGAUUCUACCCAAUGGCCUACAAUAUCAGCCCGAGAUUUGGUGGAAGCGCCUUCAUACCUCCUGCCGAUGUGUUCGUGGAAGGGCGCAACGGCUCAGGACAGGGGAAUGGCGCAUAUGUUCCGCGCGGGCUCCCGAAACGGGGCUCCGAGGCGCUGAAUAGCGACCCGGUCGCAAUGCACUUGCUGGUGGAAACGGCGAUUACAGACAGCCAGAACUUCGACGUUCUCUCCGUGGAGGAGGUGGAGGCGCUGAAGCAGGAGCAGAAGGGACUAGACGCGCGGUUAGGCACCGUGAGGAGGAGACUGGAAGCAGAGACGAAGAUCCGCGAUGCCGCACGGUCCCUCACGCGCCUCACGUCGAAGAAGGGGCAUCAGAGAGGGCUGGGGAGCAAAGGGAGCAUCGCUUUCAGGGACAUGGUCGCCAGAUCCGAGGACGACCUGAAUGUGAGCAACAAGAAGGUGGACGACUUGACCCGGGAGCUUUUGGAGAUCGAGUCUCGCAUGCGUCUGAUCGAUAUGCAGCUGUUGAUGCACACAGCUGGCGUAUUGCAGCUGACGCACAACGGCCCCCGAAAGCGGAAGACCGCACAGUUGUCCAACGGCGCAGACCGAAGACCAGACAGUCCCGCGAGCAUCUACACAUAUGAGAAUGACCGAAGCGAUCGAAUGAAAGGGGAAGACGGUUUCGACGAGCGGAGCUUUUACCGGUCCCCAGAGAACCUCGAUAGCCUCAUGCAUGCGCUCCAGAACGGCACACACCACCACUCACCGUCCGUUGAUCGCCAGAACCAGGCCAUUACAUCAAUGAGCAAGCGCUUGGAGGAGCUCAACGAGCGGUUACGGGAGCUCAUUGUCCAAGCCAAUCCCGAGCGGAACCUUGACUACUCACUCCCUCCGCAGUCAUCACCAGACCCUUUUUCGGUAGAUCGUCAGCUAGACUUCCUCGACCAAGGGCUGCGGGAUAUCAGCGCUGAGCAAGCAAAUAUGGGCAACAAAUCUACGGACUCGCUCAACGAGAUCGAGGGAAGACUAGAGGGAAUCAACAACCAGCUGUAUGCCAUGCUCAGCAGGUCAGAUGCUGCUGGUGGGGACAAGGUCCUACCACCACCUCCUGUCACUGGCGAUGGGUCCCUUGAGCAGCUCAACUAUAUGGAAGACUCCUUCUAUAACAUCGGUCAGCUGCAGUAUUCCCUGAUGGAGCAGAUCGAUGAGCUCCGUUCCCAAGGCACUGGCGGCCAGGAUGUGGAGAAGUACGAAACUACGCUCAUAGGACUUUGGCAGAUCAUUCAGGCUGGUGAAGAAGAAGCACGGGAACGAAAACGCGAACGACGACGCUUGAUAGCCGAGGACCCUGACAACAACGAUGAGCUGUCUCCCGACGAGGACUACAAUGCCAACGAAGAAUUCUCCCUCCCGGCGUUCUCUGCAAAGGUGCAGUGGCUAUUCAGUCGCGCUACUAGCCUCAAAGACAAGCAGUCCAUUCUCCUUCGCCAGAUCAAGCAGCAGCGCGAACUCAACAGCAAAUCUGAUGCGCAAAAGGAAGCCGAGGUCAACAGGUUGAACGAGCAAGUCCUGAGCGCCCGGUCAGCGCAGAAAACUAUGGAAGCCGAGCUCGAACGCGCCAUGGCUCAGCUCGGCCAAUUCGACGAGCAGAAGGCUGGCGCCGACUCGCAGGCUCUCCGGACCAUCCAAGAACGCAAUACUGGCCUGGAAAGCCAACUCAGAGACCUCCAAGAGCAGAGCAUUGCCUACGAGAACCAGGUCCGCGAUGCUGAGUCUCGCGCUGCGUCCUACCAAGCACAAAUUCGCGACGCCCAAGAACGCGCCAUAACCCUCGAGGCCCAGCUCCGCGACGCUCAAGAUGACGCCCGCGUCGAAGCCGCCACCAUCCAAGCCGAGCUCGCGCAAUCCGCUGCUAAGAUCGACGAAGCAACGCAAGCUCUCCGCGCCGCCACCGCCGCGAAGCAAGAAGCAGAACUGCGCGCCUCCGAAGCCGCAAACGCGCUCAACGCAAAGGAAGAAGAGCUACGGAAUCUGGAAGGUGAAGUCGUCCGCCUCACCACCGAACUAACCUUCGCGAAAGCCGAGCUCGAUGGCGCAUACGGCACCCGCGCUGAGCGCGCUGCUGAAUCCGGCGCCACCACGAAGAAGGAGCUCGAAGAACUAGCCGCGAAGAACUUAUCCUUGGAAGCGGAACUCUCCGCUUUACAGAAAGCUUCCGAAGCCGCAUCCCAAUCUGAAGCUCAAGCCCGCAAUUCCGAACGCAACCUCAAGUCUGAGCUUUCCGCCAUGGCGGCAGAAUAUGAAGCACUUACGCGCGACGCCAUUCAGAACGAGAAAGACCGUGAUGCGCUCGAAGCCAGCAUCGAUAAGCUGCGCGACGAGAAAGAAUCCCUAGAAAUGGAGCUCAGCGAUGAACGCGUCAAGUGGCUCGGCAUUAGGAGUCCCAGUGUGGCCGCCGGAGCGACGGGUGCAGCGGCGCCGGGAGGAGGGGUGGAUAUGGGCGCCACAUCUAUAAGAAUGCUGCGCGAGGACUUCAGGAAAAUGAUGAGGGAUCGGACGGCGGAGGGCUUGCGAGCUCUAAGAGCUGAACAAGAAGAACGACGCAAACUCGAGUCGCUGGUGCGCCAGCUGCGCAAGGACGCCUUGCCUCCUAAAUCCAACCUCUCGAAAACUAUGACGGCGUAAUCACCCACCCACUGUAUAGACGAACACUCGGCCAGGCGCAUAUCUAUCGACACAACACUUUUGGGAUACUAAUUCUCUUCUGCACUUUGUAUUUGUACUAUAGCCUUUUAUCUCUAUAUCUGGGACAUCGGUGGUCUCUUUGGCGUUUCGCUGUUAGCUUUUGGACUUAACGUUAUACGCAUAUUGUCGGCGUAUCGUGCUUUUCUGUAUUGGCGUUCGAUAUCUGGAGUUCAAAAUACUAGAUGCCAGUAUUCAGCAUCUCUAGGCUAUAGACACGCAAUUAUUUUGAGCUAUGGCGUUUGUAUAAUCAUGGCGAGGGCGUUGUUGGGAUGUUGGAGGCAGAGGUAGCAAAGACCUAUAUCCAAAACGUACGCAGCUUUAACGCGCUUUUAACAUUUA